UCGACCACAUUUUCGAUUCUGCUGUGUACCGACUAUAGGCUACGCUCAUUUUCAUCUCCCCUGUCGUUCCGUCGUCUGUUGUUCCCUUGGACAGCGAGGGAGAGAAAAAGACAGAAAGCUUCGACACUUUGUUCAAUUCACUUCUGGAAACGGCCACAAAUUACAACUCGGUGCUCAAAAGUGUUACAUUUCCACGUAGCCAGACAGGAGGAUGUCAUGAGGCUGUGAAGAUCUUCGAGAUUGUAACGGGCUUCAAAAAGAGGAGCGGUCGCGUCGUCCUUGCGUCAUCAUGUCCGAGUGGACAGCUACACUGUUGCUUUUGCUGAUCCAUCAGUUGGCGUCAUCGACAGGCUUAGAGAAUCUGGAAAGUGAAGGGCCAGUCGUGGGUCACUGGAUUCACGUUCAGAAAUGCUGUCCAGAAGCUCACAUGAUGGUGGAAGUAGCCAGCAGAACCACGGCCACCACCCACAGCACUGGCUCCAAGUUUGAAUGUCAAUUGCAAAACGAUACAUCUUUCCGGUGGGCACCCGAUUUCCUAGACAACCAUAACAACCUCCUGUCUUUUGAGGGAAGCUUGGACAAAGACAGUGCCGAUUCGGAUUUUAACAUCACCAAAUUCUGCAUUCCAAACGGGCCUUGCAUCUCAUCCAUCGUGGGUAAACCACAAUGUGGACCGUUUCGAGCCUGGCCCAUCUUUACAUACGCCGGAUUUCAGGAAGAUUUACAACUAAGACCUUUCGGUGUCCUGCGUCAUGUGGUGGACAAGUUGGCUGAGGUUCCUCGUCACCACGAAUAUCCACUUGAUCAGUAUUGCGUGGACGGUGUUAGACUUUUGGGAUCCGUGUCACAUUUCGGACACGGAUUACCAAACGGUGCCGAAAACACAAGUUCAGCACCGUUGUCGCCUCCGUCAGACGGCCCGGUCUACUACGCUCUCAUCUGCGAGCCGGACCCGUUGGAUGAGAGCGACUUUUUCGAAAUGUUUGUGCGAGUUUUCUACCCCAUCGGCUUAGGUGUCGGCCUGUUGGUAUUGCUCACGCUCACAGGAAUUCAUCUCGUUCUCAAAGAAUUAAGGGAUUUGAGUGGUUGCAUGCUCAUUAGCCUCGUCGUUUCAAUGAUCGUCACCAUGAUUAGCAACCUGAUUCUCUCAUCAGCCGAUUCUCGACCUAGCCAAUACCUCAAUUUACUUUUCUUGGAGUCGGUGGUUCAUGGCUCAGACGUUGCCGUUCAUUUUUGGCUCAGUGCCAUCGGACACCGAGCAUGGACGGCCGUCAGAUACCCACGGAAAGAAGCCAUGCGACCGGAAGGAAAGCGCUACGUUUUUUAUUCACUGUAUUCGUGGGGUUCAGCGGUUUGUGUGACAGGUCUAGCGGUUAUGGUGCACUUUUUCAUUGAAGACCAGUCACACGGGACCACUUCACCUCACAGUUUCUUCACUUGGUACAGAAUUGGGUGGUUGGGAUUAGCCUUAUUCUGCUCGACUUGCGUCUUCCUUUUCCUGGUCAAUAUUUACGUGUACUUUGCCACUCGCUCUACUCUUAGUAAUCAGACGGCCUACGGACGGACAUUUCACCGCACCAAGGGAUACUUUCAGGCUUACACCCGUCUCUUCCUCAUCAUCGAAACCGUAUGGAUAAUCCAAACAUUUUCUUGGUUACAAUAUCCUAUUUUAGUCGGCCUACGGAUCUUGGCUGACAUUGUCCUGCCUUUUCUCAUUUUUUGGGCCGCCCUCAAAGGACGCCGCGUCAUGCACCUUUUGAAAAUACGCCUGCAAAUGUCGCAAUGUUGGCUUUGUCGCCGCUGCUUCCCACCGAAAACAAGAGAUCGGGGACACUACUACGGCGAAGAAAUGAUGGCCCUCGGAACUCCGAUCUAGCCUUGUUGUUUAACACUGCGUGGACGAUGCUUAUUGUUUCUUUUGUACGUUUACAUAACUCGAGGCGUAUUUUAAAAAAUCGCAAAUGAAAUACACUGAAAGUGAAAACACUGA